AUAUAUAAAUGCCUUCCAUGUAUCUUGAUUGAUCAUCUCAACUCUCAAGUAGUCAAUCCACUUUGAUCACCAUCCACACAAUGGACAGCAGGAGAUGCAAAUGCCAGUGGUGCGGGAUGAAGAUAGCAGCUCCCAUUGGAGCACAAACAAUUACCUGUCCAAGGUGCCAAUCUGUUACACAACUCCAACCUGCAAGAAACUAUGGCUUUGCUAAUUUCCCCACUGCCAAUAACAAUAUGAGCCAGGGAUUUCCAGCUUUUCCAUCAAGGCCAGGAAGGAUGAGUCCAAAUGCUAAUAAUUUUCAACCUCAACAAUUCAACCCUAUGUCACCACAGAUUAAUAAUAUCCGUCCUCCUGCAGUACAUGGACGAAAACGAGCAGUUCUGUGCGGAAUUACUUACCGUGGCCAUCCAAAGAGUCUGAAGGGAAGCAUUAAUGAUGUUUUAUCCAUGAGAUAUUUUCUGGUUGAGAAGUUGGGGUUCCCAAAUGCAUCAGUGGUUGUCCUUACUGAGGAUGAGAAAGAUCCAUACAAAUACCCAACCAAGGCCAAUAUCAGAUCAGCCCUACGUUGGCUUGUUCAAGGCUGUCAGCCAGGAGAUUCACUAGUGUUCCACUACUCUGGCCAUGGCACACGAGUACGAGACCAUGAUGGUGAUGAGAUUGAUGGGCACGACGAAUCACUAUGUCCUGUUGAUUUUGAGACAGAAGGGAGGAUACUAGAUGAUGAAAUCAAUAAUACCAUUGUUAGGCCCUUACCCCGCGGAGCCACACUUCAUGGAAUAAUUGAUACAUGCUUCAGUGGAACUUUCCUAGAUUUGCCCUUUUUGUGCAGAAUAAACAGCAGGGCAGGAUACUUUAUGUGGGAGGACCAUCGGAUCCGCUCAUACAAAGGUACUAAUGGUGGAAUAGCAAUCUCUAUCAGUGCCUGUGACGACCAUCAAAAUUCUGGAGAUACAACGGCUUUCACAGGCUUUCCAACAGGUGCCCUGACUUAUAGUUUCAUCCAAACAUUGGAGCAAGAGACUAAAUUGACUUAUGGACGCUUACUCAUGAGUAUGCAGAAGAAGAUUCAAGAAGCACAGAAAGGCAUAGGCCUUAAUGGUGAAAAUGAAACUCAGGAGCCCCAACUAUCCUCAUCUGAGCAGUUUGAUAUUCACUCAAAGAUGGUGGCUAUAUAGGAACUUAAAGUAUCCAACUCCAGCCCAAGUACAACUUCCCUGGCAUAAUAAUUUUGUUCGUACUAAUAAAACUCAACAUUUUUAUCUUGUUGUAAUAAAUUCAACACUUCCUUUUACUAUCGCGUGUAGAUUCACUCAUAUAGUACUGUUCUGGUGUGAAUCGUGAUCAUAUAUUUUCGUUAUGUAAACUAUAUCAGUAACACUGAAUAAACUUCCAGAUGGAAAUUUGUUCAGAACAGCUCGUCUUCGACUACAUGUUGUUUGUGGUCACAUCCUUUAUGUCCUGAAUUUGUUUUUCUUUCCAUGUCCAUAUAUCACAAGAUUCUAUCAAAAUCUCUCUAUA